GUCUCAUUCCUUUGUGUAGCCAUGGCUAAGAAUAAGAAUCCUAAUGGCGGUGAUUUUUCUAAUGGGAAUGGCACUGGUGGGGAGAGCAUCUAUGGUGGGAAGUUUUCAGAUGAGAAUUUUAAGCUGGGCCAUGAUGGAGCUGGAGUCCUUUCGAUGGCAAAUUGUGGCCCAAACACCAACGGUUCCCAAUUUUUUAUACUUUUUAAACGCCAGCCACAUCUCGAUGGGAAGCAUGUUGUAUUUGGGAAAGUCGUGAAGGGAAUGGAGUUGAUCAAAAAGAUGGAACUUCUGGGUACGGAUAAUGGUACACCAACCAGCCAUGUGAAAAUAAUAGACUCUGGCGAAAUGUCUAAGAUAAAAGCCCAAGAUGCUGCUGAAAAAGAUAAAGGGAAAUGGAAAAAAUCUAGCAAGGGCCUUGACAUAUCUGAUCGUGAAGCUAGGGGAACACGCAGGAAAGACUCCAAGGAGAAGAGGAGAAAGCGAAAAAGAAGAUACUCUUCGUCAGAUUCAUAUACCUCAAGUUCAGAGUCUGAAUCUGAGUCAGAAACAGAAUCAGAUUCAGAAACAGAUUCAUCCUCUUAUGAGUCUAGUUCUUCCAGUGAUGGGAAGCGUAGGAAGAAGAGGUCAACAAGGAGACACAAAGGCCGACGUGGGGAAAGAAAGAUCAAAGGACGAAAUGGAAAAAAGAAAUCUCGAGGAGAUAGACAGCCUCGGCGCAGAAACAGGGAUAGUGACACCGAGAGUAGCAAUUCUGAUGACGAGAGGGUGGGCCACGAUAAGGCCAGAAAGGCUAAAGAUGCUGGAAAAAUUCCCACAACUGUGCCUCUAGGGAGUGCUGCUGAUUCUAGUCCCGCAGAGAAGAACUUUCUGAGAGAGGAACCGAAUUCUUCUCUGAAUGACGAUCAGGUUGUAGGGAAUGGAAAGGCCACCAAAGUUGAUAACAACUUGGCUGACUCAUUGAAAUCAAGGAGUAUGAGCCCAGUUCGUAGGAGAAAUCAAAACAGUAGAAGCAAAAGUCCUAGUAAGAGCCCUGUGAGAGAUGUUGGAAAUGAAAGCACAAGUCCUCGGGAGAAAGCUGUGGGGAAAUCUUCAAAAAGCCCAUCUCCAAGUGGUGAGCCCAAGCGCAUCCGAAAGGGGCGUGGCUUCACUGAACGCUAUUCCUUUGCUCGGAAGUACCGUACGCCGUCUCCUGAGCGUUCCCCUCCACGGCGCUGGCCUGACAGAAGAAGCUAUCAGGACAGGAACACGGACAGGAAAAGGAAGACAUACUGCGAUAAUACUAAAGCCGUGUUUUGUUUGAAUUAUUGGAGGUAUCCGAGCAAGAGGAGUUACUCUGAACGCUCGCCGAGAGGACGCUUUAGGAGCCCACCCAGGAGAAGGAGCCCUCCAAGGUACAACCGGAGGAGAAGCACUUCUCGGAGUCCAGAUGGGUACCGCAGCCGCAGGAGCCACAGUCCAAGGCACCGUAGCCCGAGCGGGAGCCCUAGAAAGAGGCAGCCAAUUAGCCAAGACCUUAAAUCCCGUCUCGGGCCACAAAGAUCUCCCAUCAGAGGAGGACCCACCUCUCCUGCAGAAUCACGUGGCGCUUCUCCCCCAGCCUCGCCAUCUGGGCAGAGGAGUCUGGUUAGCUAUGCAGACUGA